AUGGUAAAAUCUAUAAUUAAAAAAACAAAUAGUACAUUCUUAUAUUUUUCUUACGGUAGUAAUUUAUCAAGACUAAAGAUUGGCUUUUAUAACUUAAAAGUAGACUUCAUCUCAAUUGCCCGUUUGGAUAAUUAUAGGUUAGAUUUCAACGGAUAUUCAAAAUUUUGGGGAGGGCCUACAGCUACCAUAGUUCCAACUGCAAAUGCACAUGUUUGGGGCGUCGUGUGGCGAAUUGACACAAAUGAAUUGCAAAUUCUUGAAGAGCAAGAAGACGUCGAUAUUGAAAAUUAUUAUGUAAAAUAUGUUGAAGUUUUAACGUCGUAUAUAGGCAUACUCACAUGUCGUACAUAUAUUCAAAAAGUGAAUCUGUUACCAAGAAGUGAUAAUGACAAUUUACCUGUAGAGCGUUGGCCGUCACUAACUUAUAGAAAUGUGAUUAUUUUUGGUGCAAUUGAACAUCACUUGCCCGAGUAUUAUAUAGAGAGUUUAAAAAAACUAAAGGAUAAUGGAGAAGAAGGUUCUUUUAAAAUGGCUUACCUCUUAAAAUUAUUCACAAAAAAUGACGCUUGCAAAUGUAGAUUGCCCCGAAAAUGUUUGCCCAAAAAGAUAUUGAACCUGAGGAACAUGAGAUAUAGAAUGAAAAGCACAGAAUAA